UGCAAUACGCGCGCUAUGGCCCACUCAGUUCAGAUUUUCCUUGCAGUCCAGUUAAACGUGUCUAUAGAUUAAUCGACCUAGCAGCCUUCAAGAUGUCUUCAGAAGGCUUUACGGAGACCGAGGUGGAAGCGAUGCCGGACCGGCUCGCUGAAACUUUCAGCGGCAUGAACGUCUUCAUCACUGGAGGCACUGGCUUCAUGGGGAAAGUUCUUGUUGAGAAGUUGCUCAGAAAAUGUCCAGAUAUUGGAAAAAUAAUUCUGUUCGUGCGAGAAAAAAAGGGAAAAUUACCAAAACAACGACUUGAAGAAAUGCUCAAUGAUGACUUAUUCGAAAAGGUACGUAAUCUACGCGGAGGCGUAGUUCCACUCUUGGAGAAGAUGCACAUUGUGACCGGUGACGUCAUUGAGCCCGACCUCGGCCUGAGCGAUGGUGACAGGCAGUUCAUCAUCCAGGAAGUUAACUUCAUCAUACAUGCUGCAGCUACUAUCAGGUUCGAUGAAGAAUUACGUAAAGCAGUUUUACUUAACGUCCGAGGAACUAAAUUGAUAUUGGAACUAGCGAAGGAAUGUAAGAACUUAAAGCUCUUCUUCCACGUAUCGACAGCGUAUUGUCAUCUGCACGAGAAGCUAUUAGAAGAAAAGCCUUACCCACCGCCGGCUGACCCCCACAAGGUCAUACAGAUCGCGGAAUGGAUGGACGAAGAGUCCAUAGCAUUGCUAACACCAAAAUUACUGAGUAAGCUACCUAAUUCGUAUGCCUUUACAAAGGCGUUGGGAGAAGCUUUAGCUGUGGAAGCUAUGGAGCACAUACCUAUUAUCAUCUUACGUCCUUCUAUCGUGAUACCAAUUUGGCAGGAGCCCGUACCAGGUUGGACUGACAAUAUUAACGGCCCUACGGGUCUUCUUAUUGGUGCUGGCAAAGGCGUUAUCAGAUCUAUGUAUUGUAAGAGCAACAGUUAUGCUGACUAUCUGCCUGUUGAUGUUUUUAUAAACGGUAUAAUGAUAAUGGCAUGGAACUACUUACAUUACGGUGAUAAAAAAUCAAAUGUGGUCAACUUCACAUCUUCCGCCGAGAUUAAAGUUACAUGGCUGGAAAUGAUCAAUGCGGGCAAAGAUAUAAUAAUGAACCGUGUGCCUUUAAACGGUGUAGUAUGGUACCCAGGUGGUUCUAUGAAACAUUCCAGACUAUAUCAUAAUAUUUGUGUUCUGUUCUUCCAUUGGAUACCAGCGAUAAUUCUAGAUACACUACUCUUCUGUCUUGGUUACAAACCAGUAUUAAUGCGCGUGCACCGUCGUAUAAGCAAAGGUUUCGAUGUCUUCGAGUACUACACCAACAACCAGUGGGACUUCAAGUCUGAUAUCGCACAAACUGUACGACAAAGACUCAACACUAGAGAGAGACGGGAUUACAAAGUUGAUGCUAUCGGUCUCGAUAUAUCGAAAUAUUUCGAAGAUUGCAUCAGAGCUGCUCGUAAAUAUAUCCUGAAAGAAUACGACGAUACCCUUCCAGCUGCACGAAGGCACAUGAAGAUCAUGUGGUUCGUCGAUCUGGUCGUCCGAUGUCUGUUUUGGGGAUUGAUUCUCUUGGCUGAGUGGUUGGUGUUCUUCUUUAUACACCGCAACGGUCGGCUUCAAGGACACCCCUGCGGUAGUUGGUACCAGUAUAUAACUGUUACUGUUGGCACCAGCGUUUACUAUUCGCACCAGCAGUGUUGAUGGCACCAGCUCUUAACAGCUUUAAAUUAUGAUUUAUCAUGUCAAUUUAUAAUGUAGAUUAGGAAUAUGUAGAGGUAUUGUCUUAUAAUUGCUAACACGAGCAAAAUUUUUGUCACUCGUCCUCUUGUAUUUCAGUCUUGUGUGUCUUACAAAUUGUAUUGUAUUGGAAUAUAUAACUUAAGACUGAUAGUCAUUUUAUAUUAUA